AUGGCGGCUGGUGCAGGGCUUUGUUUUACUCUAAUCAUCGCACUCUUGGCUCCGAAGUUGGCAAGAAGUUAUCGUCCUUUUAAAGUUCCAAAGAAUCUUUUCGUGCAUGGAACCUCGCCGUUCACCCUUCCCGAGGGAGCGCAUGAGAUAAUUCGGCGGGAAGAUGGCGCUCCAACCUUGGAAACUCCUGAAGAACUUGUGGAAGACCUACGAGGCCAACUUCGAAGUCGGGUCCGUCGUGACAGCCCAGUACCACGUCAACCAGAGAAAGGCAUGGUAAGUUUGAGUCUUAUAGUUUUUGCUUAUUAAAUUGCGCUACAUAACAGUUCUGUAAGGAUGAUUUCGAAUGCUCGCAUACUCCAUGCUAACAGUGCACAUGAACUUCUAACCUAGUCAAACACUUUGAUUGACUUUUUCAGCUGACUCUGACAAAAGACUUCGACACCCUCUAUAUGUACUGGCCUCGUAAUCGCGGGAACGAAAGCAACAUAUUUCUUCUAGCAAAAAACACUAAAAUUGGAAGAGAUAAAACUAAAAGCAAGGUUUAUGUGUCUCGAAACUACGGGAAGAAUUUCACGGAUCUUGGUUUAACCGACAAGAAUAACCCACCACAGAUUGAUCAGAUUUAUUCUUCAAAAGCAGAUCCACAGCUUGUAAGUAGACCUUUGCAUUUAGGUUUUACAUAUUGUGUUUUGUUGUUUCUGAUAGAUCCUGAUAGCUGGUGUCUGUGUCUUGUUUUGAUCACAACACGUGUUCGGUUAACGCGUAAAUGAAUUUGUGAAAUCAUAAAUGCACAUAUAUUUGUUGCAUUUACUACUGUUUUGAACGUGAUAAAUAUACAGUAUUUAACUGUAAUGAGUCUUGUUUUCGUGACAGAUAGGAAGUUUAAUGUUUACCUCGAGGUGCUUGUAGGGUGUAAAAAUGGCGCGUAUACGUGGGACAGCAAUUUUAGUUUCAUGUACAAAGUCAAAUAUGAGCUUAGGUUCAGCAUACACAAUAUUGAAUCGGCAUUUUUCGAAUGAGCGUUUUUUAAUCUGUCACAGUUCGACAGGCAAUAAAUUUUUCAUCUUCGUUUUUUUUAUUAUGCAACGUGGCGUCUUGCUGUGAGCGCCGAUAUCUUUUAUCGGACAUAAAGCAGGACAUCGGAUAUGUUGUGCAGGAAGUGAUCAGAAGUUCUUUGUCCCAUCAGCAUUUUUAAAAAGUUUUGAAAGUUGUAUGGAAAGCACGUCAUCUAAUCAACUUGGGCCCCAGUAAAAGCUUAUUUAUUCCUAGAACAUUUAAGGGGGCUGCAAUUUAGAAACGUGUUGAUUUAUGUCUGUUCAAACCGCAAUCAUUUGCAUAAAAUAUCCUCUUUACUGUAUUAUUAUACCCAUAUCCCGUGACUGACUGUUUAUGUUUAGAAGAGAGCAAAGCCAUAUCGCUAGCUAUAUUGAAAUCUUGAACCUAGGAUCUUGUAGAAACAGAAAUAUUUUCCACAUUAAUUUGCUCCAAAUUUACAAUUUUUGUCCUUUUUUUGCCGUGGCAAAAAAAUAUUUGUUUUAGAGCUGAAUAUGUUUCCCCAACAGCACAUGGUCUUGUUGGUUAUUCUAAGGCCACAUGACAGGAAGCAAUAUUUCUCUUCAUCCCAAAAGUCUUUAAGCUGGUUAAAUCACAAAAUCUUUGAUAAAAGAGAGUAAGUCCAACAGUGCAAUUUUUAAUUUGCAAAAUGUUGACUCAUGGUCACCUAGAUCAUAAAAGUACACACAUACAUGUAGUAGCUUUUUGUCAUGGGUGAAAAAAAAAUCACUAACAGGACUGUCAAUAAGGGCCAGUAGAGGGGGUAGUUUCGAAAAUGAAGCACUUGAAAAUGAAGACCGAAGCAUGAAGCACCCAAAACUCAAAAACAAAGCGCCUAUCGAAAACAAAGCACUCGAAAACGAAGCACCCAAAAACUCGAAAACGAAGACCCCAAAAACUGGAAAACGAAGACCCCUAAACUUGAGACUGGUCUGUCCUUUAUAAAUUGGCUAAAAAGUCUCUUGCUAAUACAGCAGGAAUCAAGUACGAUAAUGAAUCGAAUGCAGUUCAAAUCUACAACCUACACUGGUUUCGAGUUUUGGGUGCUUCGUUUUCGAGAUUUAGGUGCUUCAUGCUUCGGUCUUCGUUUUCGAGUGCUUCGUUUUCGAAAUAACCCAGUAGAUGGCCAAAACCACUGGCUAGUUAGCCUUCCUUAGCCCGCUACUUUGAUCUCCUUCUACCAUAACUGCUAACAAAAAAUAAGCACCAUCAAAUAAAAUUUUCUUAUAUACGGUACAUACUGAGAUAUACUCACUGAAAAGCUAUGGCAUAAAUUUCAUACACAAAUAAGUUCUAGCUAAUUUGAGGAGCAAACGAUGCUUUUCACACGUGGAAAAAGCAAUAUGUCCAAUCAGAAUCGCGAGCAAUGUUUUUUCACAGGAGAAAAAUGAUACGUCCAGUCAAAAGCCACAGAGGUUUGUGAGUUUCGCACUAAAAUUUUUUGCUGUUUUUAGGCGCUUGCAUCGCCCUCGCUUUGCGAGUUGCUUUGCAGACAUUCAGAAGAAAAGACCCAUUAAAGCAAAGUUUUUCUCGAAGAAAAUUGUGAAAAAUCGCGACAAUUGUGUUGGAAUAGUUUUGUGUAUUUCACAUUAUCGAUGAAGAAAAUUGAAGGGAGCUGGCAAAACAACAGUGAAAGGGGAAAAAACAGAACAAGACGUUAGCUUGUACUUGAACUUUUUAUUGGAGCUAAGUUUAUCAAGCCAUAUGCUUCUGUUUAUAUUCAAACCGGUCAUUUUACUCAAAAUCGUUCAUUUUUAUUUGUACGUUCAGAAAAAAGUUAAUAUUACUUGUAAUUCCUGGAUUACUUCAUAUCCUUACCCUCAUUAAUUUUUACCAAGCAUUUUUUAAUACUAAUAUAAGCAUAAGGUACUUUGUUUUCUUUGUCAUUUCACGGUGUGUAGAGGCAUAUUUCGGCAUUUGAGGAUUCUUGAAAGAUUUGAAAUAAAAGGCUGGCAAGAUGAUGAAUGCCUCAGUAUGUAUAUGUUGUAGUUAAUUUUUUAUCUCAGGUAAUUUUUCUUUUUCUUUUGUUUGAACGUCAUUAGCAUACAUUACCAUACUCAAAAACAAAAGAAAAACAAAAAUUACCUGAGAUAAAAAAAUAACUACAACAUAUAUAAUAACAACAAUACCACAUGGAAAGUGCCUUGAGCGAUAUUUACGCACUUGUUGUUUUUAUAUCAGAAAUCUCACUGGUUUGCUGCGCUCAUUCGUUCAAUUUUUGAUACGUCAACAACUCGUGCGUAAAUACCAUACGCCCGCACUUUCCAUGAAGUGUUCUCUAUGUAUUACAUUGUUACCAGUCUUGUGUGUAUUCUGACGAAACAACAUGGUGUCCGCAGUGGAAAAUACGGCAUGAAAACCUCUGGAAACGCGAUUCCUCUGGAAACGCGAUUUCCGAGACUCUAAAUUUCAAAAUCUACCUAGAUGCCUUGGCCCUAACAAACUUGUGCCUUUGAUGCAAGUUCCAAAGCCGCCUAUUAUUCAUUAUCAGCCUGCUACUUAAAAACUUGUUGACAGCCCUGACUAAUGAAUGGUCCUUCGGAUAAUUAAAUGAGUUAAUUUUUGUUCCCUCAAAUCUCGAUGGUUUCCUCGGGAACUGUUCUAGGUUAUUUAAAAUUUUAGUGUAAAAAUAGGGAAAAAUAGGGAAUGUCAUAGGCUGUGACGAUUGCCGUUGUUACUUUCUGUAGCAUUUAUAACAAUGGAGCCACUGUAGGUGUACUGACCCAUUCAACCUGCAUUAGCUUUAACUUCCAUACUAGUGAAAAUAUAUGUAAUGGACCAAAAAUAUUUCUGGAAGAUGAGAAAAAUUUGCACUUUGUGUACCAGGGAGGAGUUGUUCAAAGCUGGGUAAGAUAACCUAGGGUGAGUUCUAAAUUUGAAUUCAGAUAUGAAAGGUUAUAAAACAAAUUCAGUUUAAUUCUUUUCGUCAACAAUUUGGUGAUUGGCUACUCUAAAAAGAAUAGAGAAAAUUGUCCAAGAAAAUGUGUCUGAUGAAAAGAAAAAGAGACCUGGGUUAAAAUUUAACCCUGGGUUAGCACUAAUUGGCCUUCGAACAACUGGGCCCAGACUUAUAGAGACAAUGAACCCACAUGUAGGAUGUCAAUACAUCAAGUUUCAUUGUGGUGCAUAUUAUUCACAGUUAAUGUAUUUGAAAAAGGGUUAAUUUAUUUUAAGAAAUGUUUUUACCUUUUCCAAACCAACCCCUUAAAUUGUCACUUGUCAUCAGGGCUCAAAAAAAAAUUCUUAUCUGGUUGUAAUUGAGGACACGUAGGUUUUCUUGCUGGGAAAGUAACUUUAAGAAAACUCUGAUGUUCAGAAAUUUGUUAGAAAAUGAGUCAUUAUUUUAGUAUGGACGAAUCAUCUUUCUAAUCAGUUUUGUAAAUAAUUUAUAAUAGUUAUUGUAUGUGUGAUAACUUUAUUUUAAUUCUAAAUAUUGUAGCUUUUAUAUUGUCUUAAUAAUUUUUGUCACUAUAUUUUUUUACUUUCGUUGGCAUACCUGUGAAUUAGCUGGUAAACCGAUGGGCGAGGGUCCAGGCAGUCGUCUUUUAGCUAGUCAUUAACUAAGACAAACAUGCAAUGGUCUUGAGUGAGAAGGAAAAGCUGGAAUGAGUUUGUUUUAAAGCCAGGAGGAACUCCCACAUAAUGGUGAUAGGCAGCGAUGCUUGUUGUGUGCUGAAGGAGACCAUUCUAAAACAGAUAUCAUGGCUUUUUUUCAAAACUUCUUUAAGUACAGCCAUAAGCGAUACCUGAAUGGGCAUAUAUAGUGACUUUCUGUCCCAAAUACCCUAAAUAAGUGAGACCAAAAUCUGCAAUUUACACCCCUAAGUGUGAUGAGCAUCCCAUCACUUUUAUAUGGGAGUCCUCCCAGGUUUUUGAGCUCUGAGCACGUGGAGAUUUUUGUAGAGACAACUAGAAUCUAUUUCACCGUGAAAAAAACUUUUUUCUCAUAGUGGGUCAUGGGUUGUCUUUUAUUUGAACAAGUUAUCAUUAGACAAAAUUUACAAUAUUAGAAGUGUGAUUUGACGUUUUUAUGUAUAUAAGGUCCCUUCACUAAUUUCUGUUAAUGAUCUAGACACAUUGAAAUGUUAAUUCACACCUGUUCUAAUAAUUAUUUCAAGUACAAAUAAUUCAUAAGCAAACUACAGUAAGAAAGGAAAAAAAUUGUCAAAUUUAUUUUACAUUCACCCCAGUAGUCCUGAGCAAAAGUCAUACUGACUUUAUGUGAUUAUUAAUAGUGAUCAGCAAAAAUCAUAGAAUUACAAAUUCUUAAAAUGAUGGAUGUGUCUUAUAGAGACUAUAAUAUCUUCAGGUCAGGCUCUGUUACCCAUGUAUUGUUGAUGUUCGCUUGGUGUAUUUUUAGUUGCUGAUUGCAAUUAUUUGCAUAUGUAUGGACUGUAUGUCUAGUGCUAGUUUAUGUAAUUUGAAUUCAUCUUAAGUGGUUAUGUUCAGUUUGGUUUAUUGACGAAUGGACCUGCAUAUCAUUCCUUUAAAUUAUUUGUUGUUCUGUACCCAUAGUUACAAUGAAUAUGUUGCUACAAGUUAUUUGAAAAAAAAAAUUAAUAAUAACAAUCUUAAGUAUUCAAAGGCUUGUGAAUGAGUAAUAGUGAUUAAUGAUUAUAGUUUACCAAUGCAUAUUUUUCAUUGUCCACCUUAACUUUGGAUUUGCUGGUGGUAACUGGUUAUGAGUUAAUUUAUCAAGUUACAAUAAAUUAUUAGUUCACCAGGUGUCUUAUAUAUCUACAGUCAUCCAUCUACCUGUGCGUUCCGCAUCUUAAUGCAUCCCUUUCUCUAUUACAAUCACGGCUUGAUAUCUUUUCCUCUCUAUUUACAAAAAUUUUGCAAUAUUUAGCUAAGUAAGUAGUUUGUGAUUGUAUGAUGAACUCCAUCUCAGGCUCAUUCAUGGUCAACAGUUGUGGAAGUGUUUGUUCUUCAACUCAUCGCACAUGCUUUCUUUCUUGUCUAGUUGCUUGCACAUGAGUUAUUUGAAUUAAUUUUACUGUAUUAAAAUUCAAAUUUUUCUUCAAAUGCCACCAAAGAAAAAAGUUAUGUGCCUGGAGGGGCAAACACAACUCUCAUUUGCGAGUCAAUGUCUAGAACAAGAAGGACAAGAAUCGGCAACUUCAAUUGAAAAAGAUGAUGCGAUUACAACUCAGGCUAAAUCCAAGGAAAGAAAAUUCUUCAAGCUGAGGCUGAAAAAGUAUUCAUGGCAAGUUUACGAGAAAAAUGGCAAUUACAGCUGUACAUGUACUGCCGAGUCUGUGCAGAGACUAGGAAAUCUAACAGAGUGAGCAAGUACGCCCAGUGCCGAAAUUUAAAAAAAAAACACACUCACUUGACAAGUUGGUUUCCAUGAACACAAGAUAGCCCUCCAAGGCUCUGAGACAAGAAGGUCAUUCAAGGAAGCUUGAAGAAAAGGUGAAACAAACAGAAUUUACAGCCAUACUGGUGCUUUUCAAGUGCAUUAAUGGCUAUUUAUGGAGAUCAACCCGGUCGUAAAAUUCAAAUUGAAAGAGCUGAAUUCAAUUUUGAUUGUGCACUGGUAAAAUAGGGCAAAGGGAGGGACAGGUCGAUCUUUGAGCUCAAAUUUACGAAAUAGAUUUUGAAAUUGCUCUCUGUAUGAAGUUAUUCAUGAUUUUGUUUGUAAGUCAAAGACUGAAAGUAACAAUAUGACAAUAAAACCUCUUUUGAUAUUUACGUGUUACUCUUAAGUACGACUCAUACACUGAUGGGUGUAGGACUGUGUGGGACUCAAACUCCUGAAUAUGGGACUCACACUUAUGUCUGAGGGACUCACAGGGUUUUGGCUGUGUGAGUCCCUAGACUCACUGCCGCCUGUUUCUAGAUGGAUCACUGUAUCUAGGCGAUUUUUUGAGAAUGAAACCACCAAAACUGGCAUCCAUUUGAGUGACAAAGGGCCAAGAGGCAUGUUUUUAUGAACCUGAUAAGCUCAAAAAUCACACCAGCAAAGGAAAGAGAAAGGAGAUAUAGAAAGAGUGAGGAGGAAGAAAGCUGGAGAGGAGAAAAAAAACAAUGUUUGCACUCUUAAAUUAAAACUGAUGACUUUUUGUUAAAUAAAUCAAGUUUUGCAAUACUUCUUUAACAAAACAAUGUGUAUGGUUAGUAAGGUGUAUUUUUAUGAAAUCCUAAGAAAUAUUGUCAUGCAAAAGUUUCUUCAAACAGUUUUCAUUGAAAAAUUGGAGUGUUAAAAUAGUCUGACCAUGAACGUCAUUGGUCUCGGAGGGAAAGGGUCAUUGUAGUCUUCAAGAUGCCUUUCUCAACACUGUCUUCUUUUUCUCUCAGUGCAUUCUUGCAGACAAAGUGAACAAGAUUCUCUACCGCUCAACGGAUUUGGCCCAAUUUUCACGCAUGCCGGUGCAAUUUGUGCCAUCUUUCAUCACAUUUCAUCCCGAGGAUCGCCGUUAUGCCAUGGCAUAUGAUAGCUCUAGUGAAAAGGUAUGUCUGACCAGCUUGUAUAGGUAAUCUCCCUUUUACUGUGAGUCAUUUUGUAUACAGUCCAACCUCCUUGUGCAGCCACCUGUCCAUGGAACCAAUUUUUUUUUGUUUGAAUCUGAGUUUCGGAAACAACCACAUCUAAUUAGUGACUGCAUGUGACCAUCUUUUGGAAUGGUUCAUUACCUGCUAUAAGUGUGGUCUGAUCUGUAUUAAAAAGAUUCUGCUUGUAGUAUGCACAUCUCAGAGCAUACUGGCUCUACAUGCAUUGUAACUGCAGGAAUGAAUGCACGAGAGAUAAUUACCUUGAAACAUAGUAAGUGCAUCAGAACUUUUGUUAGAAGAGUUCCCUGCUUCCCUCCUGAUUUUGCAUGGUCAAAAUUUGAGAAAAGGCCCAGAUGCUACUUGUGUAUUUUUGAGAAUGACUAAAAACAAAUUGCAUUUAACAGACCUCCAAAGAGUUUCAUUUGAAUUGUCAGGAUUUAAAUUGAUAAGGUUUUUUUUAAAGUUGUAAAUAUAUUUAUUUUUGUUGGUGUGGUUUAUCUUUUUGUUAGGCUUUAACUUUCCAACCAGUUUAAGUUUGAUGAUCCUUUGUUUCAGAUGCCAGUGGCAUUCUUAGAGAGAGAGAGACUGAGAGAAAAAAAAUUUAAAAAAAUCAAUCUGUUUGGAAAUUUUCAAACCAAAGAAAAAUUUAACUACAAGGUAUACAUGUGCUAGCUUAUAGCUGUGUGCACAAAAAUGUAAACCAACAGUGGAAGUUUGUAGGUCAGGCUAUUUUGUUCAUUAAGCUGUAAAUGAAACACAGGAAAAAAUAACUGAUUCCCAUUUUUGGAUAUUUUAGGGUAUUUAAAGAAUACCCACAAAAAUCCCAAAUUUGGAAGAGUGAGACAAGUCCCAAUCAGGGAACUUGGUUGGGAAUUGCCUGGUUGAAACUUGUCUCACUUUGACAAAUUUGGGAUUUUUAUGGGUAUUCUUUAAAUACCCUAAAAUAUCCAAAAAUGGGAAUCCGUUAUUUUUUCCUGUGAAAGCUUAACAACUGGUGCUAACUGUUUGUUUUGCUUAACAGCUUUACUGGUCAAAUAAUGCGGGUAAAAAUUUUACCGCAGUAAAGGGAAAAAUCAAGUCAUUUCACUGGUGAGUAUGACGACUAAAAAACUAAUAAGAUUCCAUAGUGGUUUUGCAUGACUACAGCUUCACAGCGCGUCACUCUGCUGUUUGGUAAAAACACUGCAAUUUAGUCUUUGUCUUAGGCCAUUGGGCUAACUAUACCUUAUAUGUCUUGAGAUUGUCACCUACAAUCAUCGUCAAAAGUGUUGGGAAGGUUGCCUUUUUUACCUCUUCUUUUCCUUCCUCCCCCCGCCCCUGGCCCAAUGUUGAUCAAAAUGUUAAUGUUUGUGCGCGUAAUUUUAUUAUUGUUCUGUUAUAUCCCAACAUUGAACAGGGGGGACGGGGGAUAUUUAGCAAAAGAGAAAACUCUCUUUUUUCAGGAUUAAAAUGGACUACUGUUAAGUUGUACAGCCUUCCCAACUACUUUUGUCUUUGAUUGUCUGAAAAUUCUGGGUGUGGCCGUGAAAGAUCAAAACUCGACGACUUUUUGUCAGUAGAAACGUCUUCAAAAAACACUCGUAAACAGUACUGUGUUGAAAAAAAAUAUUUGCCGUACCUUGUUAAGACAGUUUUUGGCGCACACGCCUGUUUAUAUUCGGCAUGUUUUGCAACCCGGUAAGUACAACUAUUGCUCUUUCCGGAGCACAGGAAGAGGGCCAAAAUACAAAUGAAAGACUAUUUUCGGUGAAAACUAUCGACUGUAGCAUAGGCUGAUAUGCUUCAAAUCUUAAGGUAUCAGCCACCCUUAAAAUUGCCAUUUUUUCAUAUUUGAGGUUUCAACGUUUUCAAAUAGAUAUGCUUGAGAGCUUUCUUUUAAAAAAAAAAUUAGAAGAAAAUAUUAUUUCUGUCGAAAGAUAUCGGGGGUAAAAGAUUUUUUCUCGUUAAUUAUCUUAAUUGAUCGUUGACAAGAUAUGUCAUACCCGUGUCAUAUAUCAAUUAACUUGCCCGUGAACUAGUAACGUGAUACCGAGUGCAUGCUUCGACACAACACGUGCGAAUUGUCUUCGCGUUGUUUAUAGCCUUUAGUAUUCUCCGUGGAUAUUUAGCGUUUGCCGCCAAAAAAAGAGAAAAUUUCGUCAUCGAAACCGAGAGCGAAAAAGAAAUCGAAGAGUGAGUUUGACAAAGAAUGGGCCGCAAAAUUGGCAGAGAGCGACAAAGGCUCAUUUUAUCAGCAAGAGAAGUGGCUCGAGGAGUUGGAUAUUCAGAAAAGCGAAAAUGUUGCAGUUGCUGAGAGUGCAAGCCGCUCCAAAAUCCAGCUUGAAGAGCCAGAUGAAGAAAGCCAGUUAAGCUCAUCGACCCCAUCUGCUGAUGGAACGUGGAAAACAAUAAGCGGUCGAGCUAUCGUAUCGAGCGAAAAGCUGCUUGAGAAAAUGGACGAGUCUGUAGCUUGUCGAUUUUGCCAGGGAAGAGUCCAAGUCAUGGAAAAUGUAGCAACUAAGCAUGGACUUGGUCCUACCUGGAGAAUCCACUGCGAGAAUGAAAGCCGUCCGUCGCACAAGACAAAUUCUGUUUUUAGUUCUUCCGAGAAGAGCAGAGCGUUUGAAAUAAACCGGGCCUCAGUUCUUGGCCUUCGAGCAAUCGGUGGUGGACAUUCGGCGGCUUCAAAGUUUUUUGGCCUGGCGCCGAUCGACAAAAACGCCUGGGUGGAUCAUACGAAAAAGAUCGAAGGAGAGGCAAAACUUUUGCUCGAGAAAGAAUUAAACCGUGCUUCUCGUGGUGUAAAAGAGUGGAAGUUUUCCAACGGAGAAUUAAACUGUUCCCUUGCUUGCCGCGAAAGUUUGUUCCUGUUACAUGUUACCUGUCAAAGUCCUAUUGUUAGAGAAAAUUGAUCCCACUCUGAUAUCAAUCAGAAUAAACAUUUAGGUGUUAUAAUCUCAUUCCAGGUAGGAUGCCGCCAAAAAUGUAUUUUCUAUUUUAUCUCCGAACAUAAAUUUUACCCAUCGACUAAAUGCGUUUUGAACUCCAAGUCGGCAGCCUUUCAGUCAAUUUGGCUAAAAUUUGGCCAGAGUGAUGCAAUAUAUCUCUUCUACAAAACCGUGUCUGCGAAUUUUAAUACUCCUUUUCAUUUUAAAGCUAGAGCUUUUUUCCACGGGGAGUGUUGACUAAUUGCCUUUCCCAACUUCAUUUGCUAAUAAAAGAAAAACAAACGCACUUGUCAAAAAUCCGAGACACGGUUUUUUAGUGGAACGUGUUGAGAAGCGAAUGCGGUGUUAAUUGUUUUCUUCCGUUUAUUUCCGGCGGAAGUGGAACAUGAUUUAUAGAGAAGUGUACUUUUACACAAAACGUUCCAAUUUCGAAACACAUUUAAGUAAAUCGUUUUUGUUAGUUCAAAUCCAUAAUCUGGAAUUAUUAAGCUUUUAAAAAAUAUAUGGUUUAUAGGGGUUUUUAUAAAAACAACUAAUGCUACAGCGAUCCGCGCGCGGACGGUCCUGAAGGGUGGCUGAUACCUUAAAGCAAGAUAUAGUGCGUUCACCACUUCCCGCAAAAAUCAUUCGGAUUGCGACAGUGUAGCUGACAUCUUCCUUAGCACUCCCCCAUUCUUUACAAAAUUCAGCACAUGCCAAUUUGCCAGGCGAGCAAACUAUGAGGCUGAGUGGAGAUUUGCCGAAUUCUAGAGGCUACUUUCUCCGGCUGAAAAACUCUAGUUAAGCCCUUGUGGCACUGCUUUUCGAAACUGGUUUCAGAAAACAACAACAAAGUACGCUGUUGAUUUAGAAUAAGGCGUCUAUUGUCUUAGUUAAUCUAAUUAAAAAGGGUAACACAUGCAAAGUCAUCACACACCACAUUACUCCAUUUUCGUAGUCGCAAAUAAUUCCUUUAUAGUAGCGCUAACGACAAAAUAGCCUCAUUGACUUGUUCGGGGCUUUGCAAGGACUUAACCAAAGGAAUUUUAAUAGAUAUUUUAGCUUAAUUCUAAGUAAAAUACAACAGUACUCCAUGGAUAGGGUUAAAAUUAAACUAACUUUGCCAAUUGACCUUUAUGGGGCACUGUUUAAAUGGAAUAAUGGAGUAAAUGGAGUGUUAAAUUUAUCUCCGUAGAUAAAUGCAACAAAAGCUGUCCAUAUUCUUACAUGAUUUACAUGUUUUUACCCUUUUCUUGUUUGAAAGUUGGUUCAUUGUGCAUAUAUUUCGCAUUUUCUUGUGGAGUAAUGUGAUGGAGUAAUGUGGAAACCCAUGUUGUUUACUGUUCUCAAAUUAACUGAAUGAUUGACAGGCGACGCUAGCACAGCAAUUUCUAUAUGAACACUGAACAUGGCUGAAUGAACUCUUUUAUAGAGGUUCCGUAUAACUUUCAGGCCUUACAAAAAUACAGUCUACAAGGUUUUAAUUCGGCACUUAUCUCACUCCUUCCUCGCAACUACAAACAUCACGUUUUUCUAGGAUACUUUACAGGGUGCAAAGAAAAUCAUUUUUACAGCUUGCCAUUCGGGCAAGCUGAAGCUAGUAUUUACUAGCCCAGAUGUCACUUCAACUAGCCCCAAAAACUUUUUGUUUUUCUGUUAUUCAAAUUCCUCAUAAAACAUCACUUGCCCGUCGGGCAAGUUAAAAACAGAAUUCACUAGCCUGAUAGCAAAAUCCACUAGCCCCGGGCUAUGGGACACUACUUUAUUUGCACACUGCUUUAACACCGCCAGAAUGCAAAAAAAACUUUAUUGUGGCAGCCUUUAUGCCAUUUCUAUUUGUAACAUCUUUCAAAAUAUUUCGCUGAUAGGAAACGGCAAAAGUUAACCAGGAAUAAUGCCGCUGAUGAAAAAGAUACAUGUAUACAUGACAACGACAGCAAUUGUAUAGCAUUUUUUGCUUAAAAAUACCCUCAUGACUUUUCGUUAAAUCUAGUGAAACAGACCACCUGUGGCCAUUCUUUCUACGUAGUCCACGCGAAGAAAACGUCUCUUGGUUCAUGAGAAAAAUUAAAGGCCUGAAAUGUUUUCUUCUAUUAAACGUUCUUAAAAGAAGGCGUUUUCACCCAGUGGACUUUGUGGUCACGCUGUGAAAUGUCACGCACGUCAGAUGCAAAAUUCUCCUAUUUAUGAUUUUACUGAAGUAUAACCUUUAUUGUAUUUUUUAUAUACUUUGAAAAGUGCAUUAUCAGCACAGUUCCAGGGCGAGAUAUCUCAAUCAAAUGUUAAAUGAGACAAGUUUUAUAAGCGUUUAAAGUUGAUGUCCUAUUCUCCUACAAUCAUCGUCAAAAGUGUUGGGAAGGUUGCCUUUUUUACCUCUUCUUUUCUUUCCUCCCCCCGCCCCUGGCCCAAUGUUGAUCAAAACGUUAAUGUUUGUGCACGUAAUUGUUCUGUUAUAUCCCAACAUUGAACAGGGCGGACGGGGGAUAUUUAGCAAAAGAGAAAACUCUCUUUUUCCAGGAUUAAAAUGGACUACUGUUAAGUUGUACACCCUUCCCAACUACGUUUGUCUUUGAUUGUAGAUAUUGAUUGCUACGUUUCAACAGCAUACUAAUAAGAAUGCUGCAGGUCUUCAUCAGGCGAUAAGGUCGAUUUACUGAUUAGGAUAAGUACCACCAUGGUUGUUAGGGAUUGGUGAAUUGCAAACCUUGUUCAUGGUUAUUGGUUUUUGCUCCUCAGGGAGUUAACAUGUAGGUCCUUAGGAAGAUUAAAUCCAGGAUGCACAGCAUUUAAGACCACGCAGAACUUCAUUGUUUGUUAAUUUUAGUAGUCUUGUUAGAAGUUUGCGAUUUUGCAUAAUGCGUAUUCCCCAGAAUAGUCUGUUUGAAAUCAGAUAAAUGUGGAAUUGCAUAGCCGGAAAAUACACAUAAAAAUUGGCGAUGUUUUAGUCUACCGUAAUAUAUUAUUGAAUUGCAAUUUUUUGGUAAUCAUUUCAAACCCACACUAUCUUGAAAAACUAUUUGUUUCCCCUAACCUUGAGGCUUUCAUUGGAAUUCUCUCUAUAAGAAGGCGUACUUUGAUUGAUUAGUCAUUAAUAGUACUUGUUUGAAUCUUCAGUUUGAAAAAGAAAACCUUGUUAUUUCGGCUAUAAAAAGGUGAAAAGUGACAGGGAUAAAUGCUAUUGGAUUCAUAUUAAGAGUAGUGAUCACUGACCAUUGAUUUCCGAUUGUAAAUUGCUAAGUUAUUUCUUAAAUUAUUCUAUUUUAGGGGUGUUGAAGGCAUCCACAGUGCAGACACAGUAUUUGUUGAACAGUAUCAGCUCAAUCGAGGUGAGAAAGAAGACUAAUAUUAUUGUGUGAAAAACAAGUGUUAGCUGGAUAAACUAUGGGGCUGCCAGGGUUAAAUUCAUUAACAUUCAACGCUUCAAGCAGGAGUUAUCUUCCAUGUCGGCCAGAAUUUCUGUAGCCAUUUCCCUAUAUUUUUGAUCUCUUACAGCUGUAAGUGAUAGACAGAUCCCCUCUCGUUAGCGUCUUUGCAUUUUUUUCUGUAUGGGGAUGGCAUGCAGUCAUUAUUUUAACAUUUUUUGUUGUAUUAGGGUGGCUAGACGGGAUUUUUUAGGAGGGAUACUGGACAAGUUUGAGCAUCUAUACUAUAUUAUAUAGAUCAGCAUUAAACUUAGUAUGUCAGAAAUACUCCUGGUAUUGACAAGUGCAAAGGCAAGUUAAAAACAACAACAGCAACAACAAAUUUUAUUGAAAACUGGAAAAUAACUAAUUACAUUACUUUCCCACUGGCCAUAGUUAAAAGCGUAAUGACAUAAUCACUAUGUGCCAUGGUAACUCCAAUGUCAAAGAAACAUAGAGUAAAACAAAUUUUCAUCUUUAUAUAAAACGGCUGUGGUAAAAUGUUUCUGAUAUAUUUAAUUCCCAAUGUAGUAAAUGCUCAAACUUAGAUGGUAUCCUCUAAAAAUCCCAGUCAAGCCACUUUAAAUCUCCUGUAACAGUCCACUUAACACUUGGUCUGAAUUUGUUGCCAAUUUGAUUAAGUGCAACUCUGGACCACCAAUCAUAGGAUAAUAAGUUUUGCUUUUUCUUCCAUUUUUAAAAUUUGUAUAUCUGAUAUCUACAGUUGGUUGUAUUUUUUGGCAUGUCAUAGUAUAGGUGACACUGCUUAAAGUAAGCCAUUUCCAAAUUUCAGAAACCCUUGCCUUCAAAGGGAGGUCAAGUGCAAAACCUUUCUCAUGAAAAUCAGUUUGUUUUGUAAGUAGGAGAAUAAAAAUCAAUUCAAUCAGGAGCCCAUAAACUGGAGUAAGCAACUCCCAUACUAGGGUUAUGUUCAAGUGUUUUCAUGGACCGGUGUAUUUUUAGAUACAUUUUAAAGCACAUACUUUUUCCUGCGAAAAUGGACGCUCUGCUCCAUUCGUUAACUCUUUAUAAAAUAAGAUGUGACAAGGGAAAACUCAACGUCAUGAAAAGGUCAAAAUGCCAUUGUCAGGGGGUUUUAGUUUUACUGACUGGUUUGUGGAACUUGAAAUUAACAACUGUGUCGCUGAGUGGAGGUGGGUGCCCGGGAUGUCCAGGGGCUUCCACCUUUGGCAUAGCCAGCCCCUAGACAGAGUUAUGCCCCCAUGGCUGGCAAACCCGUGCCUUCCAGCCAGAGCCCCCACGCCAAUGGAACCAGGCACCUGUCACACUGAUUUAACAGUGGAAGAAUUAAGAGGGGAGGGAUGGGGAGAAAAGAAUGAUCCAAAGGCUAAAUGAAGAGAAUGGCUGCCACGAAAACACUGUACUGAACACAUGGAGGUGAUGCAAGCAAGGCUGACCGCGCUUGAGCCAAACGACUGACUGCUGACCAUGCCCGCACUCCUUUUUGUUAACUGUGUCAAAUAAAUAUUUAUUUAACCUCAUGAUAUUCUAAAUUUGUGCCAAAAUCGUUCUACAAAUAAACUGGUCAGUCUACAAAAAUUGCUCGCUCCAUGGUAUGGGCUCCCGUUUCAAUCAGUUGAAGGCUUCACUUUGCUUUGUUUUGAAAUAGAGGCCCAAGGAAACUUUGAAAUGGCUUAUUGCACACUGUAUGCAUCCCGACAGAGAACCCACAUGGUCCAUCUCUUGUACAUGUAAGACACCACCAAACCUUGACAUAUUCAUUGACUGCUUAUGCGAGGAUCUACUCUAUUAUGUCAACUAGUUUGCAUCCAGCUAAAUGACAUUGAUUUUUCCUAGAUUUAACCAAAAAUAACAAAACAACAAUUUACAAGCUAGUUCAUGGAGAUCCCACAAUGACCAAAAUUGUUGACGGUGUAGAGGAAUUUGAAGUAAUGAAAAACUACAUGUUCAUUACCACACGCAAGGUCAGUGAUUAUGCCGUUAUCAUUGGUAUUCUGAGAAGUAGAUAUUAUCAAAGUGUGUCAAGUCAAAAGGCUUGAUGCCAAAGGGUCUUGAUAUUCACAUUCCAGUGAUAGUAAUGUGUGUAUAGUUUUACAAUGUAUGAUAACUUAGUUCAUACUUUGCAACAUCAGGGCAGAAAACUAACUAGAUUUUUCUUCCACAGAACCCAUCAGAUAAAAACCCAAUUCUGAAGGUUGCUAAAUUAGCCAAUGAUGGGCCAAUCUCCUUCAAAACAGCACAGUUUCCACUGAAUGAAGAAAGCAGGGUAAGGGAAUUUUAAAAUGUAGACAGUGUCUCAUACACACAGUUUCUAGCUUUAUUAGUACAGGUAUUAGCAUGAUUGUUAGUGAUAUUUGGCACUAGUAACAGGAUUGUCUGUGAAGUACCCAUGAACAAUUCAUAGAAAAGUUCACCAUUUCAGAGGGUUUUGAAAUAGCGUAACAAAGUGCCAGCGCGAGAGGCUGCCAUUUUCACAAUGUUUUUCGGAGUUGCAUGACGUUCAAUUUGCAGCGGAGUUGUCUGAGAGUGGACUGAGAACCAAACCCGGCCCAUUCCCUCACUAUUUUCAAAAUGGUGAUUGUAAAUGCGGAAACUAUGAGCGUAAACUUCAUGACUGAAAGAACAAUUUAUAAUAAUUGUCACAGGGUAUUUUUCAGUUUAAAUACUUCAUAGACGUUUAUCCAAUUUAAUACAAACUAUAAGCACAUAUGAUGCAUUUGUACGGUUUCAUUUUUGCAUUUGUUUGAUUUAUCUACUGAUUUACUUCAUAGCAUGUUCAUAGGUAUAUGAAGUUUUCAGUUUAAAUACUUCAUAGACUUUUCUAGUAUGUGUCAACUUCAUAGGCACUUCAUAAGUGUCUCAGGGAGCUUCAUAGCACCUUACCUCACAUGGAGCAUUUCACAGCUUGUUCAUAGGGCUGUGAAGUUUUUAAUUUCAAAACUUCAUAACCUGUUUCAUCGCUUUGUGGCUACAUACCGUGCAUGCAUCCAAGAAUGUGGACAGAAUGGGGAAACAGUUAGAGUGUUUCUGACCAAGAUUAGGUGGCUGGCAACGAAGGAGCCUGCAAUAAGAAAAACAUGUUGAUUUACAUUCAUAAAGAAGGCGGUUUAUAUCAAAACAAGGUCAGCUCCAGCCUCAAUUCCAUCCAUAACUGUAAAAUGGGCUAUUGGGUAAACAUUAAUGUUAAUUUGAAUACACUCAUUACAGUUCACAUUUCCCUUCAAUGUGAUCUCUUUUUCUCCUUGAUCUUUUCACAGGAUUUUUUUGUCUUUGAUGUGGUUGAUAAUUAUGUCUUCAUCGUGAUAAAUCACCUAAAGAAUCUCUCCAAUUUGUACAUUUCUGAUACAAUGGGUUUAAAGUAUCAACUUUCCCUGCCAAGGGUAUUGUAUCAUAACCCUUACACAGAUGUGUCCUCUCCGUGGCUCAGGUAAUAAAUCACAACUUUAUGUGUGAAUUAACUGUAGCAUUUAAUUCUUUUUUUUUAUGUAGCAGUGCCAUUUCCUCAUGCACCAGAACUUUGACUUUAUGCACCAACCUGUAGAAAGAAGGAAGUUUACAAAAUGAAAUGUAUUUUCAAUUAACCACAUUGCAUAACAGGUUAUUUUGUGGUAAAGAUUUCAGCCAAUCAUAACAGUUGCUAACAAUAAUAAUGUUGCAAUUAUUGCAAGAGAAGUUUACAAUAAAUUAUGUGACAUUCCUUGUGUAGGAUUUCUAUUUAGUUAGUCUGGAAGGCAAGUUAGAAGAGCAUUUUCUCAAAUAUUAACACUUUAGAUGGAAAAUCAUACAGAGUGCAUAGUUACAGUAAGCAUUCUUGUAUUAAAAACAAUGUGGUUUUGUAUAACUAUCCUCUCCCUUCAAGAGGCUUUUCUGAGGUAAUGAAACAGAGUUAAUCUGGCUGAGUAAGCUAUUUAAAGGCACAACAAGCAGUUGAACUCAGGCUACCGUGAACAAAUCCAGUCAGUGAUCUGCCGGGCUGGACUUGAACUCAGGAUCACCUGAUUGCAAGUCUAGUGCUCUAACCACUCAACCACUCUAACAGUUUCAUAGUACAUGUAUGUAUGAUAUUCAGUGAAAUGAUUAUACUGGUAUUUGUCACCCUGUAGUUAAAAAAUAUUUUUUAAUCAUGAUGUGAUUUACACCCACUGAUGGGAUAACUUUAUUGAUAUGACCAAAUAUUUUAUGGCCCAACAGUCAGGUCUUAUUUUGCAGAGCUCCACGAAAAUUCUGAUCAUUUUUGUUUUGUUUUGUUUUUUGUUUUGCUGGCAGAACGGUAAUACCCUAUGCAUUUGUGGAUGUGGAUAGAAUAAAAGGAAUGCGUGGUAUUUACGUUGCUACUCAGUUAACUCCCGGACCUGUGGGCAAGAGACAUCUUUUGACGUUGAUCACCUACGAUAGGGGAGGAAAAUGGCAGCGGGUUCGCUCACCAACAGUAGACAACCGUGGAGGCAGAAUUAACUGUUAUUUGGUGGGUGCCAUGUCUUGGUUCAUAACAACUGAAACAUUUUCCUGCUUUACUAGUUUCAAAAAAAAAUUCUUUACUGUUUUGACUUGUAUUAAUUGUCAAAUAGAGUAAAGAAAAGACACCUCUAAAAAUUCAGUCGAGAUAAGAGUAGCUUUCCCUAAUUGUGGAAGCUCAAUCUCUCUGUUCAUUAACUAUUUUAAUUUUACACUGCAUACUCGUAUUUUGCUGCUAAGUGGUUCAGAAAUGGUUCAUAGGCAUUUUUAGUACAUUUCUAGGUGACUCGUAAUGUUUGUGUCGUUAGUCUUUAGCUCCUAAAUGCAUGCAUCAAAUCUGUUAUGACCUAUUGUAUUCUUAUGGUAACAAUACAUUCUACUUGAAUGACACUCAUCUGAUGCUUGUGAUUGUGUGAAAAAAAAAAACGGUUUUUUUCUUUGCAGCCAAUCUGUUCCAUUCAUAUGAAUCUUCUGUAUGGUGCUGUGUAUCGUGUUUCUCCAUCCGAGCGACUGUUUUCCAGUGAGUCUGCUCCAGGACUGGUACUUGCCUUAGGUGAGUUGUCAGUGGCACUGGCUUCAUCUGAUUUCAUCUCCAUCUACUAUGUCCCUUUCCCUCUUCAUAAUGCAAUGAAUUCUAUUCUCUUUUUCAGGCGUGGCAAGCACCAAUCUUAAGAUAUAUCCUGAUGUCUUUAUGUCUUUGGAUGGUGGUCUAGGAUGGAGUCGGGUGAGUUUUAACUUGCAUAUGUUUUGGCUGGGAUGGAAGAAAAAUAGCCAUAUUUUCAUUUUGUAAAAUUCUGAAAAAAUAUUUCUAUAAUGUGUAAGUACUGGCAAAGAAUUUUCAUUCAAUGGUCAAUUCCCAGCAGAGGUUUGUCCACAGGUUCAAAAGUUAGAACCACCUUACAAUCAAGGCUGUUGCUGUAAGAUACCAAGUUACUGGUUACAGGCAAUUAGUAGGCAAAGAAUUGAACAACUAGGAAGUUCUUUUUUGUCUAUCUUCCUUUUGUUUCCUGUGAAAGUAGCUCACUGGAGCUCAUGCUAAUAGUAGCCAGGGCUAAUCCCCAGGCCGUCCGCCCUUAAUGAUAUCCCUGUCACAAAUAAUCUGUCGUCUUUCACUCUGGAAAUGAAAGGGUUACAGGAGCAACCUUUUUGGCUUUUUCACAGGUCCUCAGAGGGAAGUAUCGGUUUACUUUUGGUGAUCAUGGUGGAGUAGUAGUUGCUGUGCCUUAUAGACGUUUCACAAGGACAUUAAGGUAAGAGCUAGAUCUUAUCUGGACUCCUGCUGUUGAAAUUUGCUUUGUUAAUGUGUUGAUCUACAGUGGAACCUCUAUUCAGGGGGUGACCAAGGAAAGUAAUUUAUAAUUUAUUAAUUUAUUUAGCUUCGCCUAACUAGAAUACAAUCUUUAUACAUGAAAACAUAAAAAUUAUUAGGCAGGGAGACCACUACAGCCUAACCAUUUACAGUGGAUCCCUCGUUAAUUAAAAAAAGUCGUUAAAAAAAAGAAUUAAUAACUAAAGCUACUGAAAAAAAGAAAAAUCGAAAGGAAACUAAACGGAAGUUCAGAUUGCUAGAAGCAGAAACGUGAAUAAUGCCAAGACAAGUGGACAAGACUGGUGGACAAGUGCCCCAUGAGUGGAGGAUGGGCUGAGGUUUGGUAAUAAUUAAUCAAGAAAUGUAUUUUCAAUAGAGCCAAAAAAGGCAUCUGCUCUUGCUGGCUACAGAAUCUGCUCUAGGCAUUAUUUAAAGCAGCUAGAUAGUGUAUAAAAAACUGCGAUCUUCUUUGUUGAAUUCCGACAAGUGCAGUGUGUCAAUUUAAGUUAGUUAAUUGAUGUUUUGAAAGCUGUCACCACUGUGACUAGUGAAAAUUGUAUCAACGAUUUUUGUGGUCAGUCAGUUUUUGAUGGGUAAGGUGUCCCCUGAAUGGAGGCUAAACCCAGGUUUUGGGACUCAGAAAAAAGUGUCCCUUUCCCCUGCAUAGAGGUGUGUGUACCUUCAAUAGAGGUAACAAGCACAAAGAUUACUUGAACAUUUUUCCAGGAGGUGGAGGUGUCCCUUGAACAGAGGUGUGACCAGGGUGCAAAGAAAGUCAGUCUUACAGCUUACCAUUCGGGCAAGCUAUAGCUAGCAUGUACUAGCCCAAAAGUCAUUUCAACUAGCCCAAAAAAAAUUUGAUGUGCAGGAUUGAUUACAGUUCCUCUGUUAUUCAAAUUCCCAAGAAAAUAUCGCUUGCCCAUCGGGCAAGUUAAAAACAGAAGUCACUAGCCCGAUAGCAAAAUCCUCUAGCCCCGGGCUAUCGGACACUACUUUCUUUGCACGCUGGGUGUCCCAAACGAGAGGUUCCACUGUAUUGAUCCAUAAGAAUUUUCAUAAUAGUCAAACAAAAAUGCGUUAUUUGGACAAAGUAAUGAACAGGGAGGUAACCAUGGAAACCUCACCACUAUAUUGACACCACCACUUUAAUCAACAUCCAAUGUUUAUCUUUUUAUAAAUACCAAAACAUAAAUAUUUUAAAAAAAUAGUAAUAAUAAUUUUUUUGGAAAUAUACCCUUUCACACUGUGGUUUCUCAGUGAAGAAACCAUGACUUAGCAUAGACCUUCACUUUCAAAAUUCAAAGGCCUCCAUUGAAGUGUUGAUACCAAAGGGUGGUCAUUUCUUCUAAGAGUAAAUUUGUUCAGAGCUGCAAGCUGUUUAUGAUGCGGUAUUUCUCUCAAGGUGAAUGUCAUACUUCUAUGUACUUUUACUUUUAUGGGGGGACGGUGGAGGGAGGCAGAGUAAUAUGGCAAUUUUGUACCCAUGCUACAGGUAGUGGAAAACAGCUGUCCAAGUUCAGUCUGAUCCUGUGUAAUUUGUGCACCCCUGGGUCGUUAUAUUGGUUGACAUCUCAACCAACACGCAACCGAUAUCUUGACCGAGAUAUGUCGAUCAACCAAUUUAUCGGUCGCGUGUUGGUUGGCAUAUUGACCGAUAUAUUGGUCAAGUGGUUGUCAGAUUGUCGGUGGACAUGUUGAUCAAUAGACUGCCGACAUUCUGCCGAUACUUCACUGAUACUAGGGUACUUGGUGGACUGUAGCCUACAUUGCAGACGUAAUUUAACCUAGGUUAGUAACAUCUGCUGAGCAGCGCAGAUAUCCCUGUUCUGCCCCCCGCUUCUCAGAGACUUCUUUGUAUAAAUUGCAACAUCUGUGUACAGACGAAAUUGGUGGAGUUUGUUUCGGCCAAGUAUAAUGAUCUAAUGGCUUUCAAAGCCAAUUUAACAGCUUGCCGGACUCGGGCAAGCAGUAGUUAGAAUGUACUAGCCCAAGAGUCAUUUUAACUUGCCCCCAAAAAACAUUGAUGGGCAGGAUUGGUAGCAGUUCUUCUGUAAUUUGAAUUCCCCAAAAUACUUCACUUGCCCGUCAGGCAAGUUAAGAACAGAAUUGACUAACCUGAUAGCAAAAUCCACGAGGCGCAGGCUAUCAGACACGACUUUCUUUGCAACUAGUGCCUAAGCAAAGGCUCAAACCAUCUACAACAAUGAUGAAAAUCGUGGCAUUUCUUAGCUGUUCGGUAUUCGACGAGCUUCAUUAUUUUAGAAACCAUCAAGAAACCUUGAAACCUUCGAGUCUUCCUCUAUUAAAGCAAUGUUUUGUGAGUUGAUAUUCAUUGUACUUUAACAAUUUGUUUAUUUUACACCAGAUUUCCGAAGGAAAGACAGAAAAGUGAAUCUAUAUUUUGAGGAUCGACCCAGCUAUGCACAGCUUUUCUCAUUUUCAUUAAUAUGCAUCUAUGCUCAAUUUUGCACCAAACAUCUCUUCUAAUAUAAGAUUAAAAGAGUAGAUUGCCAAUUACAGUUACACUGAAGCAUUGAAAAUAGCUCAUGCACGUAAAACGUGCCUAUUGUUUUUGUGAUGUCAUCAUUUCUCUUCUCUAUACAUGCAUGCCUUUCAAAAUAGAAGCAGUAAGUAUUUUUUUGUUAUUAUAACAGAUAUACCAUAGAUGGAGGAGCAACAUGGAAAGUGUUUGUCUUCAGUGAUUCGUUAAUCCUUGCCCAAGAUGUUGUCACUCAGCCUGGUGAAAGGCUGCCCAUUUUUCUUAUUUAUGGAACCAAUGGUCAAACGAGACCCUGGAAAGUGUUCUAUGUUAACAUGACAGCAGUAUUAGGUGGGCUUACUAAUUCUUAAUCUAAAUGUGUGAUGAUGAUUAUUGGCCAAGAAGUUGAAAACAUAA